UGCUGGGCCCGGGAGUUCUGUCUGCGCAGCCCGCCCGGGUAGUGGCUCAGGCACUGGCGAAGUCGGCUACGGCGCCUGAGGCCGAGGCGGCGGAUCCCCUGCAGCCCCAACGGCGGCGGCACUAAGCGGCAGUCUUCCUUUUCUCCGUACCCGGUCCGCUCGCAGCAGGCCGGCCCUCUCCUCCCCUACCUGCCCCUGCCCUGCCCGCCUCCCUCGCUGCCCGCCUCUCUGCCCUGCCCUACCCUACCCGCCGGCCCCCGGAAUGGAGUUUCCCGGGGGCCCCGGCAUGCCGGGGCCCAGCAACGUUCCUGCUUUCCUGACCAAGCUGUGGACCCUAGUGGGCGAUCCGGACACAGACCCGCUAAUCUGCUGGAGCCCGAGUGGGAAUAGCUUCCAUGUUUUUGACCAAGGCCAGUUUGCCAAGGAGGUGCUGCCAAAGUACUUCAAGCACAACAACAUGGCCAGCUUCGUUCGGCAACUCAAUAUGUAUGGUUUUCGGAAGGUGGUCCACAUUGAACAAGGUGGCCUGGUAAAGCCGGAGAGAGAUGACACUGAGUUUCAGCACCCAUACUUUAUCCGAGGCCAGGAGCAGCUCCUAGAGAACAUCAAGAGGAAAGUAACCAGUGUCUCCAGCAUAAAGCACGAGGACAUAAAGGUCCGACAGGACAACGUCACCAAACUGCUAACAGAUGUUCAGAUGAUGAAGGGCAAACAGGAGAGUAUGGACUCAAAGCUUAUAGCCAUGAAACAUGAGAACGAAGCCCUUUGGAGAGAAGUUGCCAGCCUUCGGCAGAAACAUGCCCAACAGCAAAAAGUAGUCAACAAGCUGAUCCAGUUCCUGAUAUCUCUGGUCCAGUCAAACCGGAUCCUAGGGGUAAAGAGGAAGAUCCCCCUGAUGUUGAAUGAUAGCAGCUCGGCACAUUCCAUGCCCAAGUACAGCCGCCAGUACUCCUUGGAGCAUGUCCAUGGCUCCUCUCCCUACACGGCUUCUUCCCCAACCUAUAGUGGCUCCAACCUAUACUCCUCAGACUCUGCAGCCAAUAGUGGACCCAUCAUUUCAGAUGUCACAGAGCUGGCCCAAUCCAGCCCCUCGGCCUCCCCCAGUGGCAGCGUGGAUGAGAGGAUCAGCCCAAUGAUACGAAUCAAGGAGGAGCCCCCCAGCCCACCACGAAGCCCCCAGAUCGAGGAGACCAGUCCGGGCCACCCCCCCUCAGUUGUGGAGACUCCCCUGUCCCCUUGCACCUUCAUCGACUCCAUUCUUCAGGAGAGUGAGCCCAGCACUGCCGCCUCUGUUUCUGACACCGUGGGGGGCGUCAUCUCCUCUCCACCUCCAGGUCCCCCCCAGACUCCUGAAAAGUGCCUCAGCGUAGCCUGCCUCGACAAAAAUGAGCUCAGUGAGCACCUGGACACCAUGGAUUCCAACCUGGACAACCUACAGACCAUGCUGACCACCCACGGCUUCAGUGUAGACACCAGCGCCCUGCUCGAUCUCUUUAGCCCCUCAAUGUCUAUGACAGACAUGAGCCUGCCUGACCUAGACAGCAGCCUGGCCAGUAUCCAGGAUCUCCUCUCUUCUCAAGAGCAACCAAAGCCUUCAGAGACUGAUACAGGUGGUACAGACUCAGGGAAGCAGCUGGUGCACUACACAGCCCAGCCCUUGUUCCUGGUUGACUCCAGCACUUUGGAUACAACAGGGAAUGACCUGCCCAUCUUCUUCGAACUAGGGGAGGGGCCUUACUUCUCGGAGGGGGAUGACUACACUGAUGACCCCACCAUCUCCCUGCUGUCUGACUCUGAGCCAACCAAGGCCAAGGACCCUGCUGUCUCCUAAGGCCCCCUUCCUCUGGGAGGGUGAUGAUCCGGGCAUCAGGGUCCCUCUCCCUUCCUUGCCAGCUUCCCCGAGGGUGGGAGAGGGGCACCGUCCCAUGGGUUUGUGCUCAGUGAAGUUGCCAGGAAUCUAAUUUGGGGCCAGACAAGCCUGAUGGAGGGAACCUGGCAGCAGAUAGGACCUAGGCCAUAAUUGAAGGGCCGCUCACCUGAGCAAGGGGAGAGUGCCCAGGGGGCUAUUCUGGACAGAGCCUGGUAGAAUGGAAGCAGCCCCAGGUGAGCAAAGGGCAACAGGAGAAAGAACCCCGGCCUGGACACCAUGCAUGCCAUGGGGUGGGACCCUGCCCGCCACCUCUCCCUUUUCCCCAUGGCUCCACUGGGCAGCUCUUUCUGCUUGCCCCUCUCCCUGUCCCUGGCUCCGUAUGUUCUCCUGUUGGUUGGUUUGGGGUUUUCUCGGUUACACUUUGUACUGACCCCGCUGAUUGUUGAUAGAAUUGUAUUUUGGAUUUUUACACAAGAGAAGUUUCUACUUCUCCCCCUAUAUAGAGAAAAUAUAUAUAUAUAUAUACACACACACACACAC